AUGCUGCGUCUCCGCCACCUCCAUCCCUCUCUGCUCGACUCCGCGUCCCGACGCGCGCUGUCCUCGACCCCACGCAGCUUCCGCAAGAUCCUUGUGGCCAACCGCGGCGAAAUCGCACUCCGUGUGAUGCGGUCGGCGCAGAAGCUAAACAUCGAGACUGUGGCAGUUUACAGCGAUGCCGACGCCAACUCGCAGCAUGUUAAGCUAGCCACAGAGGCCUACCGCUUGGGACCCGCACCUGCCAGCAAGAGUUACUUAAAUUACCCCAAAAUCCUGGAGAUCUGUCGCCAAUCUGGGGCUGAGGCGGUGCAUCCGGGCUACGGCUUCUUGUCAGAAAACGCAGCGUUCGCUCGAGCCUGUCAGGAGGCAGGUGUCGAGUUUAUCGGCCCACCUGUUAAGGCUAUCGAAGAUAUGGGGUCUAAGAGCGCAUCUAAGGACAUUAUGAUCAAGGCCGGCGUCCCAGUGACCCCUGGGUAUCACGGAGCAGACCAGAGCUUCGAGACGCUGCAGAAAGAAGCCGAGAAGAUUGGAUAUCCCGUGCUCAUUAAGGCAGUGCUGGGAGGUGGAGGCAAAGGCAUGAGAAUCGUUGAUGAGGAGAAGGACUUCCAAGACGCCCUGGACGCUUGUGUGAGAGAAGGACAAGCGUCUUUCGGUGACGGACGAGUGCUCAUCGAGAAGUAUUUGAGGAAACCCAGACACGUCGAGCUCCAGAUCUUCGGAGACAAACACGGCAACGUCAUUCAUCUGUUCGAACGAGACUGCAGCGUCCAACGACGUCAUCAAAAAGUCCUGGAGGAAGCGCCAGCACCGAACAUGUCGGAGGCUUUACGCAAGAAGAUGGGAGACGCCGCAGUCGCCGCUGCGAAGGCUGUGGGCUACGUUGGCGCUGGAACGGUGGAAUUUCUGCUGGAUGAGGACGAGUCCUUCUACUUUAUGGAGAUGAACACGCGUCUCCAAGUGGAACACCCAGUCACGGAGAUGAUCACCAAGCAAGAUCUGGUUGAGCUGCAGCUGAAGGUUGCUGCAGGGCAAAAACUCCCGAUCCGCCAGGAAGAUCUGAAAAUCCACGGCCAUGCUGUGGAAGCGCGUAUCUACGCGGAAAACCCGUACAAUGAUUUUCUACCUGGAAGCGGCAAGUUGCAACAUCUCCGCUUGCCUCGCACAUCUAAAGACGUUCGAGUGGACACUGGAAUCAUUCAAGGCGAUGAAGUAUCCAUUUUUUACGACCCCAUGAUUGCCAAGCUCAUUGUACACGGCGACAACCGUCAAGCCGCGCUGGAUAAAAUGAUCAAAGCGCUGCACGAGUACCAGAUUGUGGGUCUUCCUACAAAUAUCGAGUUCGUAGCUCGCACAGCGGACCACGCGGCGUUCAGGAAAGGAGGCGUCGAUACCAGUUUUCUCAACAAGUUUGGCGACGACGUGCUUGGGUCGUUGGGAGUGUAUCCGACUUACGCUAAGGCACUGGGGGCUGUGAGUUUGCUUCUUCUUGAACAGGUUGAGCGGCGCCCAACUGGAAAUUAUAAUGGUGAAUUGCAGUCGCCUUGGUCGGACGGCGCCUUGGCUCAUUUCCGCUCACUGGAAACUCUCGAGAGGAAGCUUUCGCUGAGCCAGGACGAUGACGAGGCUUCGGUGUCAGUUAAAUGUCUGUCGAACGACACGUACGAAAGCGGAGAGUUUAAGUUUCGGGUAGGCAACCGCACGUUCAAGGGGACUGCUGUGAUUCACCAGCAGGAGCUUCAUCUCUUCUGCGACGACAAUAGCCAGCGCUACGACUACAAGUUCCACGUCCCGUUGCCCUCUUUCGAGCCGGCAAAGGGCAGCGCCAGUGCCACUGCACACAGCAAGAUCGUUGCACCGAUGCCGGGCAAGAUUAUUAAGGUACUGGUGAAGAAUGGCGACUCGAUCAAGACCGAUCAGCCGCUGCUGAUCAUGGAAGCCAUGAAGAUGGAGCACGUGAUCCGUGCCCCCAAAGAUGGCAAAGUGCAAGAGUUGUUCUGCGAAAAAGAUGAUUUUGUGACGGAUGGUCAUGUGCUAGUUGAGCUGGACUAA